AUGACUCGAAACCGUCGACAAGUCACACAUGAUCGAAGCGCGAGCCGAUCGACCAUUGAGACGUCAUUGGGAGCAAAAGACUGUAAACUCGACCACGUUGCGGCUCGGUCGAAUAGCGUCCGCUCCAAUAGCGUCCGCUCGAGCCAGCGCCACCAUCGGAUGCAGUUCCCUCAAGCAAACGUCGACAAGUCCGUGGUCGACGCGCCUCGAUCGGGCAAAUUCACGUCGCUCACGUACUUGAGCAAGAAACUGCAUCACCUGAUCCAUCGAAAGCACCGCGACACGAUCGCGUGCGACGAGGACGAGGAGCAGCCGGAUAACAAGUGCUCGGUUCGUGAUCUGUAUCGCGUUUGUGAGAGCCGCGCGUUCUCGUCAACGACGAGCGUCGACGACUUGGCGAAAGCCAGCACGGCUGGAUCUCCUGUGACGUUGAUGCCGAGCACUUUCGUGGCGGCUGGGCACCAUAAACCGAGCAAGGAACAGCGCUGGUGCACCAACUGUUCCAAGUGUUUCCAGCGUGGACUGAGUCGCUUCGAUCAGUACUGUGGCUUGGACUGCAAGACGGCACAUCGGAUGCGACAGAUUGCGUGA